UUUGGCAUUCUUUUAUCUGUUGUUUUGUGGCGGGAAGAGCAGAAGCAAUGCAGAGAAACGUCUCAAAUCCCCAAAAACCCUAGAAUUAGAAAUCAUCAAUUCAAUAUAUUCAAUAUUCUCCCCAAAACUGAAAGACAAAAUUCCAAUAUGUACUGGUUAGCAACUAGAAAUGCCGUCGUUUCACUUCCCAAGUGGCGCUCCUUCGCUCUCCUCCUCCGUGCUCCUUUCAAAUGCAGUUCACUUGGCCUGUCGCCACCGCCUCUCUACAGCAGGAUCGGACAGGCUCAACCUAUAUAUUGCUUUAAAAAUCCGAAAGGAACUGCAAGAAAUAGCAAGAAAUCUAAAGCAUCCAAUAAUGUUCUCGACGAUAAGGAUCUUUCACACAUUAUAUGGUGGAAGGAGAAUUUGCAGCGGUGUAAGAAGCCUUCCACUGUUAAUCUGGUUAAAAGGCUUAUGUAUUCCAAUUUGCUCGGCUUGGAUGCUAGCUUGAAAAAUGGGAGUUUGAAGGAAGGAAAUCUCAACUGGGAAAUAUUGCAAUUCAAGUCAAAGUUUCCACGCGAGGUUUUGCUCUGCAGGGUUGGGGAUUUCUAUGAAGCCAUCGGAAUAGAUGCUUGUAUUCUUGUUGAAUAUGCUGGUUUAAAUCCUUUUGGUGGGCUGCGAUCUGAUAGCGUUCCUAGAGCUGGCUGCCCUGUUGUGAAUCUUCGGCAAACUUUAGAUGACUUGACACGUAAUGGGUAUUCAGUGUGCAUAGUGGAGGAGGUUCAGGGUCCAACACAAGCUCGUUCACGUAAAGGUCGUUUCAUUUCUGGGCAUGCACGUCCAGGGAGUCCAUAUGUUUUUGGACUUGUUGGGGUUGAUCACGAUCUUGAAUUUCCAGAACCAAUGCCCGUGGUUGGGAUAUCUCAAUCAGCAAGGGGUUAUUGCAUGAUCUCAGUCUUAGAGACCAUGAAAACAUAUUCAUUAGAGGAUGGUCUGACUGAAGAGGCUUUGGUUACCAAGCUUCGUACUUGUCAGUACCACCAUCUAUUCCUUCAUUCAUCCUUGAAACACAAUUCCUCAGGAACUUGUCGUUGGGGAGAGUAUGGUCGGGGUGGCUUGUUGUGGGGAGAAUGUAACGGCAGAUAUUUUGAGUGGUUUGAAGGAGAUCCUGUCACUGAGCUUUUAUUCAAGGUCAGGGAGCUUUAUGGUCUUGAUGAUAAAGUUGGGUUCAGAAAUGCUUAUGUGUCUUCAGAAAACAGGCCCAGACCAUUACACCUUGGAACGGCAACACAAAUUGGUGCCAUACCAACAGAAGGAAUUCCUUGUUUAUUAAAGGUGUUACUUCCAUCAAAUUGCACAGGUCUACCAGAACUGUAUGUCAGAGAUAUGCUUCUCAACCCUCCUGCUUAUGAAAUUGCAUCAACAAUUCAAGCAACAUGCAAACUUAUGAGCAAUAUAACGUGCUCAAUUCCGGAGUUCACUUGUGUGUCCUCUGCAAAGCUUGUGAAGCUACUUGAACAGAAGGAAGCCAAUCAUAUUGAGUUUUGUAGAAUAAAAAAUGUACUUGAUGAAAUAUUGUUCAUGUAUAGAAACUCUGAGCUCAAUGAAAUACUGAAAUCAUUGAUGGAUCCUGCUUGGAUGGCAACUGGUUUGAAAAUCGACUUUGAGACAUUAGUUAAUGAAUGUGAAUGGGCUUCAGGCAGAAUUUCUGAAAUGAUUUCCCUAGAUGGGGAAAGUGAUCAAAAGAUAAGUUCUUGUCCUGUUGUACCAAGUGAAUUUUUUGAGGAUAUGGAGUCUUCAUGGAAAAGUCGUGUGAAGAGGGUCCAUAUAGAGGAGGAAUUUUCAGAAGUGGAAAAGGCUGCACAGGCCUUAUCUUUAGCAGUCACUGAAGAUUUCAUUCCUAUCAUUUCAAGAAUAAAAGCAACCACAUCCCCCUUUGGUGGUCCAAAGGGAGAAAUAUUGUAUGCUCGAGAGCAUGAAGCUGUUUGGUUCAAGGGAAAACGGUUUGCACCAGCAGUAUGGGCUGGUACCCCCGGGGAAGAACAAAUUAAACAGCUUAAACCUGCUGUAGAUUCUAAAGGUAGAAAAGUUGGCGAGGAAUGGUUCACUACAAUUAAGUUGGAGGAUGCUUUAACGAGGUAUCAUGAUGCAGGCGAGAAAGCAAAAGCAAAGGUUUUGGAAUUGUUGAGGGGGCUUUCUGCUGAGUUACAAACAAAAGUCAAUAUCCUUGUCUUUGCAUCAAUGGUGCUUGUCAUUGCAAAGGCAUUAUUUGCUCAUGUGAGUGAAGGGAGACGGAGGAAAUGGGUUUUUCCCACUCUUACUGGGUUCAAUGAUUCAAAGGGCGUGAAAUCCUCAGAUGGUGGUAACAGGAUGAAAUUUGUUGGUCUGUCUCCAUAUUGGUUUAAUGCUGCAGAAGGCAGUGCUGUACAGAAUACAGUGGAUAUGCAGUCCUUGUUUCUUUUGACAGGACCAAACGGAGGUGGUAAAUCUAGUUUGCUUCGAUCAAUCUGUGCAUCUGCAUUACUUGGAAUAUGUGGACUUAUGGUUCCUGCAGAAUCAGCUUUGAUUCCUAACUUCGAUUCUAUAAUGCUUCACAUGAAAUCUUACGAUAGUCCUGCUGAUGGAAAAAGUUCAUUUCAGGUGGAAAUGUCAGAAAUCCGGUCCCUUGUAACUGGAGCUUCAUCAAGAAGCCUUGUGCUCGUAGAUGAAAUAUGUCGAGGAACAGAAACAGCGAAGGGUGCUUGUAUUGCUGGAAGCAUUGUUGAAACUCUUGAUAGAAUUGGUUGUCUUGGAAUUGUGUCCACCCAUUUGCAUGGCAUAUUUGAUUUGCCACUUGAUACCAGCAACACCGUGUAUAAAGCAAUGGGAACAGAGUAUGUGGAUGGACGAACAAAACCAACUUGGAGGUUGAUAGAUGGGAUUUGCAGAGAAAGUCUUGCUUUUGAAACAGCUAAGAAGGAAGGAAUCCCUGAAAGUAUAAUCCAAAGAGCUGAAGACCUGUAUUUUUCAGCUUAUGCUAAAGGAGUUAUUUCAGGAAAGACAGUCAACAGUGUCAGACAGUUUUCUUCUGAUAGGAUUGUUAAUGAUUCUGAUGAAGCCCAUUUAUCGAGUGAAACCACAGCUUCUCUUCAUCCUAGUACCCAUUCAACAAAGGCAGUGGAUACUGUGGAGAAGAAAGAUAUUGAAAAUGCUAUUACCAUGAUAUGCCAGAAGAAGCUGAUUGAGCUCUACAAACAGAAAAACACAUCAGAAGUUGUAUCAUUCCACUGUGUCGCCAUUGGUGCCAGGGAACAGCCACCUCCAUCAACAAUCAGUGCUUCAUGUGUCUAUGUGAUGUUGAGACCGGACAAGAAGCUAUAUGUUGGAGUGACGGAUGAUCUUGAAAGCCGAAUCCGUUCACAUCGUUCAAAGGAAGGAAUGGACAAUGCUGCUUUUCUUUAUUUCAUAGUCCCUGGAAAGAGUAUUGCUUGCUUACUGGAAACUCUUCUCAUCAACCAACUUCCUAUUAAAGGAUUCAAACUGACAAAUGUGUCUGAUGGUAAGCAUCGGAAUUUCGGCACAACCAAUCUCUCUCUGGAAAGUGUGACUGUUCAUUAAUGCAUCAACAGCUUUAUCAUUUCGCUUUUGGAGAAGCUGCUAUAAUGGGAGAAAAUCCUGUGAAAUCCCAUCCUAUGUAUAUGAGAAAGAAGCGACACCUCUUUUCUUUAUUUUAUAGUUCCCGGAAAGAGCAUUGCUUGCCAACUGGAAACUCUUCUCAUCAACCAGCUUCCUGCUAAAGGCUUCAAACUGGCUGGUGUUGCUUAUGGUAAAUAGCUGAAACUUGGCACCACCAUGUCUGUGGAGGUGUGAUGUUCCAUUAAUGCAUCAACUUUAUUUCUUUGCCUUGGCAGAAGCUGCUAUGAUGGGAGGAAAUGCCAUCCAAUUCCAUCCUUUGUAUAUGAAAAGGAGAAUUUUCCCGUUACAUGUAUAUGGCAAGUGAUAUGGAAGCAGUGUAGCGGUGGCUGCAGCAAUUUUGCUUUUGAUCCCCGUUGCUCCACCAGCAGUAGCAGUAGUUGUAACUCGUACGUUGGCCCAGUUAAGAGGGCAAAUUUGUUGCGCAUCGAUGUAUUCUUGGAAACGAAUUAAUUAUGCAACUGUAUUCAAUGCCUCGAGCAAUUAGCCUGUCACUGGAUAUUCUUGAACUGAAGCUCUAAAAACACACGGAAAGCUGGUCUAUGAGAAGUGAUGAUUAGUCAUUA